AUGAGUCCCGUGUUUCCCGCCGGGGAUUGCAACCUCCGUCUGAGCGUCUACCAGUCGUCCGUCAACAACGUCGAUUACCUCUCCAUGUGCCUCGAGAGUAAAGACGUCGAUAAGUCAUCCGGCCCGGAGCGCAGCUGCUGGUGCCUGUUCCGCAUGUCGGUGCUGAAUCAACGGCCGGGAUCGAACCACGUGCACAGGGACUCGUACGGCCGAUUCGCCGCGGACAACAAGAGCGGAGACAACACGAGUCUGGGGUGGAACGACUAUAUGCGCAUGGCGGAUUUUGUUUCCGCGACUGCCGGGUAUCUCGUGGACGAUACGGCCGUGUUCAGCGCGUCGUUCCACGUCAUCAAGGAGUCGAGCACGUUCUCCAAGAACCCAUCGCUGCCGGGCGGGCGCGGCAGCAACGUGAAGAAGGGCGACGGGUACUUCGGGAAAUUCGUGUGGCGGAUCGAUAACUUCACGCGGCUGAAGGACCUGCUGAAGAAGCGCAAGAUCACGGGGCUGUGCAUCAAGAGCAAGCGGUUCCAGGUCGGCGGGCGCGACUGCCGCCUCAUUGUUUACCCGCGAGGCCAGUCGCAGCCGCCGUGCCACCUGUCCAUGUUCCUCGAGGUCACGGACUCGCGCGUGCCAGCCGCCGACUGGAGCUGCUUCGUGAGCCACCGCCUCUCCGUCGUCAACCAGCGGCAGGAGGACCGGUGCGUCGCCAAGGAGUCGCAGAACCGCUACAGCAAGGCCGCGAAAGACUGGGGCUGGCGCGAGUUCGUUACCCUCACCUCGCUCUUCGACCUAGACUCGGGGUUCCUUGUAUCGGAUACUGUGGUGUUCUCCGCGGAGGUGCUUAUACUGAAGGAGUCGUCGUUUCUGUUUGAGUAUACGGAUGAGGGGGCGGCGUCCCCCGCGGGGCUGGUGGGGAUAGGGGGCGCGGGGACGGCGCAGCUGAUCGCGGGGGGCGCCAUGGACGUGACGGGCGCGAAUAAGAUCGCGAAGCGCGGCGUGUUCACGUGGAAGGUGGAGAAUUUCCUGGCGUUCAAGGAGAUCAUGGAGACGAGGAAGAUCUUCAGCAAGUUCUUCUCCGCUGGCGGCUGCGACUUACGCAUUGGCGUGUACGAGUCGUUUGAGACGCUGUGCAUCUACCUGGAGAGCGAUCAGGCGAUGGCGGGCGCGGGCCCGUCCACAGCCACCACCAUGGCGGCAACGGACAUGGACAAGAACUUCUGGGUGCGCUACAAGAUCGGCAUCGUGAACCAGAAGGCCGCGGAGGCGAGCGUGUGGAAGGAGGCGAGUGUGUGCACGCGCACGUGGAACAACAGCGUGCUGCAGCUCAUGAAGGUCGCGGAGCUGCUGGACCCGGAAGGCGGGUUUCUGAUGCGGGAUACCGUGGUGUUCGUGUGUGAUAUCCUCGACUGCUGCCCCUGGUUCGAGUUCUCGGAUCUUGAGGGCGUGCCUGGGCAGGUGAUGAUGUCAGACGAGGAGGAAGACGAGGAGGAGGAGGAGGAGGAGGAGGAGGACGAGGAUGGGGACGGGCUUAGCACAGACGGGGAAGAGUUGCUAGACAGUGACGAUGGGGAGGUGGGCCUGGGAGGACCAGGGGGACCAGGGGGUGCAGCAGGGCUGGGGGCAAUUGCGGCCUCCUCCUCCUCCUCCCUUGCCCAGCCUGCUUCCGCUGGUUCUGCUGCUGCUGCCGCAUCCGCUGCUGCCUCUGCUGCUGCUUCUGCCGCUGCUUCUGGUGGUGGGGGGGGCUCGUCUGGGGUUGUGACGGGAGGGACAGCGGCGGGGGCGGCGGGGGGGUUGAUGGGGGACGAGGAGGAUAUUUUCCGCUCGCUGCUGGUGCGCGCGGGGUUCCAUCUGAGCUACGGGGACAGCUCCCCUCUGCUGCUGGAUCCCACGCAGCUGCAGGUGACGCUGCGGGAGAAGCUACUCAUGGAUGCGGGCGCAGUGGCCACCUUCCUGGGCGGCCUGCGCACCUACCUGGACGACCCUACUAAGAUCAAGCGCCUCUUCCUCCCCCCCGCGCAGCCCGCCUCCGCCUCCUCCGCCUCUGCUUCCGCUUCCGCCCCGGCCGGCGCGUCUGGCGCGGGGGGGAGAGGCGGGUACGGGAAGGGGGGCAGGGGCGGGCAGCAGCGGGGGCAGAACCAGGGCCGGGGGGGACAGGAGCAGGGGGGAGCGCAGGGGCAGGCGCAGGGACAGGGCGGAGCGCAGGGGCAAGGGCAGGGGCAGGGGGAGGGGGAGCAUCCGUCGCUGGUGAAUCUGCUGAUGGGGGUGAAGGUGCUGCAGCAGGCGAUAGUGGAUCUGCUGCUGGAUAUCAUGGUGGAGUGCUGCCAGCAACGCGCGCCCUCCCAGGGCGAUACAGACGCUGGGCGCCUCUUUGGCACAGACGACACUGCAACCUCCCUCCCCACCCUUCCAGUCCCCCUCCCUUCCGCCACCACGCCUCCGCUCGCCCCUUCCGCCUGCACCCCUCCGCCAUCCCUCCCCGCAUCAGCCCCCGCUUCCGCCCCCGCCACCCGCGAGGGGAAGCGCGGGGGGGGCGGGGGCGCGGGUGGCGCGUCAGGGGGGCGGAGAGACGCCGCGGAUUCCGCUUUCCAGGAGCUGUCAGUGGCGCAGAGGCUAGAGCAGGGGCACGGGGGAGCGGGGGGAUCCGACGCGGCCGUGCAGAGCAGCAGCUAUGGCAGCGGAUACGGGGUUAAUGGGGGUGGGGGGGGACGGCGGGGCGGAAGCAGCACAAGCAGUGGGGGAGGAGGGAAGGGAGCGAGCGCGGGGGCAGCAGGGGGGGUGUUGGGAUCAGGGGGAAGUGGCAGCAGCAGCAGUAGUAGUGGGGUUGUGACGGGGAGUGGUGCUGGGGAAGGGUUUGGCACGCAAGUGGGGGGUAAGGGCGCGGGGGGGAGAGUAAAUGCUGUUGCGGAGGGGGAGAGCAGCAGUAGUGGGUCUGCAGUGACGAGUGUGAAUGGAGAGAGCGCGCAGCAGCAGCAGCAGCAGCAGAGGGGGCAGCGACAGCUUCCCACAUCGAUCAAAUGGCCGGAGCAGGCAGACGAGCUGCUGGGCAUCAUAGUAGACUCGCUCCGAGCUCUCGAAACCGCCGUGCCGCAAGCGCAGGCCUACCCAUACCCAGACCCGCCGCUGCGGCGCCGCCCGCACUCCGCCCGCAAGGUGGCGAUGGUGCUGGAGCAUGCGCCCCGGGCCUUCCAAGCCGAGAUCCUAGGCUUGGUGCCGAGGCUGGUGGAUGUGGAGGAGCAUGGCGAGGCUGCUGCGGCGCUGCUGCAGCGGCUGCGACAGCCUGGCGCCGAGCCUAUGAUGCAGCUGCCGGUGGUGGGAGCGCUGGUACAAAUGGAGUUAGACCCGCUCACCUGGUCGCUGGUGCUCGAGGAGGCAGUGCUGCUGCUGCCACACACCACCGAUGACGCCCUUGCUGCCGCCCUCAGCUUCGUGCUCAAAGCUGCAGCCGAGUGCCAGCAACUCGCCCCCGCUGUUCGGGCAGUGCGGGAGCGGCUGCAGCAGCUGGGUCCUGCAGUCUUCCCGCGUGUACUCCACGCCCUGCGUGCAUCAGUGGUAGCCUGGGGGGCCAUAGCCAUGGCCAUGCUGCGAGACAUAGACGCCGACACAUGCCCCUUCAACCCGCCCUCUUUUUCCCCUUCUGCCCUCCUGUCUCUCUUCCCUCCACCCUCCCCAUUCCUCCUCUCCCACCCUUCUUUUCCCAGCUGCGGCCUCCCUCCCCUCGCUGCUGCCCAUGGCACAGGUGGCGUCUAUGGGGCAGAUAGACCUCUCCCACUUGCAGCACUCGCUCACGAUCCCGAGGCUCUGGAGAGCCUCGCUGCGUUUGCGUCGGCCUCGGCUAACAGUGGGACUGCUGCUGCGGCGGCGGCGGCAGUGGCGGCUGCGGCGGCUGGAGUGGGGAGUGCAGGGGUGGUGGCGAGUGGGGGUAGUGGUUUAGGAGGGGUAGGGGGAGGGGGUAGCGUUUCUGCUGGGGCGUUGGGAGGGGGUUCUCCUGGAGGGACUUUCACCAGCAGCAGCUCUGCUGGCUUGAGUGCAAACGCUAUGGCCGCCUUCUCCCCUUACGCCUCCUCCCCCGCCCCCGCUCUUCCCACGUCCUCCCCCGCAGCUGCCGCGGCAGCAGCAGAGCUCCAGCUGGCAGCCGCACAGCAGGCUGCUGUCAUGGCAGCAGCAGCCGCCGCCUGCUGGCGUGUUGCUGACGUGGACAUGCUGAUGGAGAUGCUGACGCUGCCACGUCUGCGGGGGAACGCGCAGGCGGUGUUUGAACGAGCGGUGGCAAGAGGGGCGUUUGGGGAGCAGGCCAUGGUGAUGGUGCUGGAGAGGCGGCGGUCUCAGCAUCUGGCCGCGCUGUCUGCUGCGUCGGCGGGAGGAGGGAUGGAUGGGAUGGAUGGGAGUGGGAUGGUGGCGGGUGCUGCUGGAUUGCCGGCCCUGACGGGAUCAGCGGCUGGUGGGAGUGAGGUAGCGGGGGAUGAGCAGCAGCAGCAGCAGCAGCAGCAGCAGCAGCAGCAGCAGCAGCAGCAGCAGCAGCAGCAGCAGCAGCAGCAGCAGCAGCAGCAGCAGCAGCAGCAACAGCAACCCCAGCAGCAGCAGCAGCAGCAGCAGCAGCAGCAGCAGCAGCAGCAGCAGCAGCAGCAGCAGCAGCAGCAGCAGCAGCAGCAGCAGCAGCAGCAGCAGCAGCAGCAGCAACAGCAACCCCAGCAGCAGCAGCAGCAGCAGCAGCAGCAGCAGCAGCAGCAGCAGCAGCAACAGCAACCCCAGCAGCAGCAGCAGAGGCAGCAGCAGGGGAAGCAGCAGCCGGCGCAGCAGCUUUCUCGAAAGAAAAGGCGUCAGCAGCAGCAGCAGCAGCAACAGCAACAGCAGGAACAGCAUGAAAGCUCCUCAGGGCUAGCCACUGGCCUGGAGGACACGGAUUUCCCCACUGUGAUCGGGCUUGCUGAGGCGCUGGCGAUGAGCGAGGAGCAGCGAGUGCGCGAGUUUGUGGGCACGCUGUAUGCGGUGCUGUACAAGGUGUAUGGGGACGCGGGGCGCAGAGAGCGGAUACUGAGAGGGCUCGUGGCGCGGGUGACGAGCUGCCAGAGAGGCGCGCCGGAAGGGGAGCUUGGUUUGGAUAUCCUCUCAUUCCUUGCGCAAGAGGAGGGGGUGGCGCGGCCUGUGCUGUCGCUCAUGCGUGAGGCGGCUGACGUGGCAAUGCAGGAGAGGGCGGUGGUGUGGCAGCAGCUGCAGGCGACGGAGGGGGAGCUGAGAGCGGCGAUGGCGGAGGGGCAGGGGCAGGUGGAGCGGCACGGGCGGGAGAAGGCGAGCCUGCAGCAGAAGCUGAGCGACGCAGAGGCGUCCGUUGGCAAGCUCAAGGCUGAGUUGAAGGCCGAAGCUGAGAAGGGAGCAAAGGAGAGGCGCGAGGCGGUGGAGCGAGUGAGGGAGAUGGAGGGGGCGGUGGAGUGGGCCAAGGCGGAGAAGGACGAGGCGGUGAGCAAGCUGGCGGGGGAGAAGCGCCAGCUGGCAGAGCGGCUGAGAGAGAGCGAAUUGCAGCUCACGCAGCUCAAGUCGCGCAAGCGGGAGGAGCUCAAGAAAGUGGUGAAGGAGAAGAACGCCCUAGCAGAGCGCCUCAAAGCCGCCGAGCAGGCGAGGAAGCGGUUCGACGAGGAGGUCAAGCGCUUUGCCACGGAAACCGUGUCUCGCGACGAGGCUCGGCAGUCCCUGGAGGAGGAGGUUCGACGGCUGACGCAGACGGUGGGGCAGACGGAGGGGGGCCUCCGGGAGAAGGAGGAGCAGGUGCAGCGAUACGAGGCAUACAUUGAUGGCAUGGAGGCAAAGCUGCAUGCUCACCAGGAUUAUAUCCAAACCCUGGAGGCAUCCCUUCAGGAGGAGAUGUCUCGGCACGCGCCACUGUAUGGCUCUGCUGCAGCAUCAGCCUCACAAUCUCUCCUCGUUGCGCCUGCCCUGGGUGCUCUCUAUCUCCCCAACCGUCCCACACCCUCGCACCCCGGGGCCAUGCCCUCUUUACCCAUGCCUGCUGCUGGCUUGGCCGGACCGAGUGUUGCCAGCCCUGCAGUAGCUGGGGUUCCAGGCAUGGGGCCUGCGAUGGGAGCAGGAGUUGCUGCUGCUGCUGGAGUGGGAAUGGGCAUUCGGCCUGUUCAUCCCACAAACGGGUUGCCGCCGCAUGCGCUGAGUCAUCCGGCCGGCGGUCUGACUCAUCAUGCUGCCGUGGCUUCUGCUGCUCCUGGUAGCAGAGUGCCUGCUGUGGCCUCGGCCAAUAGCAGUCUGCCUUCCACCAGUGGGCCGCAGACGAAUGGGCCGUUGGGUCCUUGGUUUGCUUCUCAUUAG